AUGCACCAUAUUGGAGUGUUUGUGGACCGACUAAGUCAAGACAGCCGCCCUGUAUUUCUGCAGGACCCCUUCGCCUGUUGGACCCUGACCACACUAUUCGCUGAUAUGCUUAGCAAUCAGGGGUCAUCGGCAGUUAAACGAACUUCCAAAAGGCCUGGGGAUCAAGAGCUAUGGUUCGUCUCAUGGUUCAUCCAUCCUACUUCGCCAAACCUGUUCAAGGAACUGAGAUCAUCGACGGAACUGUUCAAAGAAAGAAUAAUGAAGACCCUUUUAGAUUUGGAAGUGGGAACACGUUGGGUCAAAUCAGUCGAGAACUCGGUUCCUGUUUACAAAAUGAUUGCCAGUUGUUCAAACCAUCACGAAAUCAACACAUCAAUUGUCUGGAAGCUUUUAGCAACCGUCAUUUUUCGUACAUCUUCGCCCAUUCGUGAAGUCAAAAUCCACGAACAAGCUGUUUCUCAGAAUGAAUACAGUUGUAUCCUCACAAUCCUAUAA